GUGCGCGCCAACCAGAAGGACCUCUACUACCUCUCGCAGCUCGCCGAGCGCAUCGAGGACGUUGCGCGGUCCUUUCUCGGAACGAGGUGGCUGCAGAAGUGGGGCAAGGAGCUGUCGCAGGGCAGCCGGCUCGCCUACUUUGGCUUGACGACGCUACUUGGCUCUCAAACCCUCGGCGAGGAGUACUGCGACAUCAUGCAGUACCAGGCCUCGGACCGACGCACGCCCACACUGCCGCGGCGGGCCGCCCUCGUCUUGCUCCACUGCCUCUUCCCCUACUGCCUCGCCCGCAUCUACGCCAAGCUCCGCCGCUCCCUCAUCACUCGCCACGAGUCGCAACAAACCGCGCAAGCCGAGGACCUGCCCUCGUUCGAGACCCUCACCGAGGACUACCUGCGCAGCGUCCACCUCGCCGUCUUCUACCUCUUCGGACGGUACUACAACCUGAGCAAGCGCGCCGUCGGCAUCCGCUUUGCUUUGUCCGGCGCUCAAGCCUCGUCGUCCGCCCCGUCCUCGUACGAGGUCCUCGGCGUCCUCAUGGCCGUCCAGCUCGUCGUCCGAGGCGCCCUCGCCAUUCGCAAACGGCGCGCCGACGCCGAGCUCGCCGCUGUGGCGUCGAGGAGCGCAGAAAAAGAGCAGGAGGACGAGAAGGAGGAGAGCGAGGCGCGGCAGCAGCGCAAGAAGCGGUUCACGGAGGACGCCGAGCGCAGGUGCACGCUGUGCUUGGGCACGAUGCGCGACGCGACGGCGACCGAGUGCGGCCAUGUCUUCUGCUGGGAGUGUGUCGUUGGUUGGGCAAGGGAAAAGGUGCGCCGAAGCCCGCUCUGCCGACAAGGGAUCGCGCUGUCGAAGCUCCUGCCGUUGCGCAACAUGUAA